GAUUCAUGUUUACCUGUCGGUAUGUUUGUAUGGAAUAUUGAAAAUCACAAUUCGGAACCUCGUGAUGUUUCCAUUUCUCUCACUUUCAAGAACGGCACAGGCAGUAGUGAAGAUAAAAAUGGAGAAUGUUGGAGCGAAGUUUGGGAAAGAAAUUUGGAGGAAGGGAAAGCGAAAGGCGUCGUGCUGCACCAGACCAUCAAAAGUCUCAAUCUGCGAUACUGUUUGGCCGUCAGAGAGAAGCCUGGUGUCUCUGCCUCCCACUGCCCUGGCUUCGACCCCACAGGGCCCGGUGACUCCGUGUGGAACGACCUGAAAAUGGACGGAGAACUGGAAAGCAAAGAAGCACCGUUGAUAAAAACAAGAAAAGGUGAAGAGAGAGCGGUGGCAGUGUGUGGGAAGUGUAGCAUAGGGGCCAACAAGUCAGGCAUGGUGGAGAUCGCCCUGGCUUGGGACAUGCCGCAAAUUGUGUUCAAAAGCCGGGGGAUUACUCACACCAGACGAUAUACACGCUGGUUUGGGGACGAGCAAACAGCAGCCCAGGAGAUCGCUUCUUAUGCCUUGGACAGCUACAAGCGGUGGGAAGUCGAGAUAGAGAAUUGGCAGAAUCCUAUCCUUCAGGACAAAGACUUACCUGACUGGUUCAAAAGUGCCAUCUUCAACGAGCUCUACUUCAUCUCGGACGGAGGCUCAGUCUGGCUCGAGAUGACACCCUCUCCCAACACGCCCCUGCCUGCCUACGACACUCGACCUGAAUACGGCCGCUUCGCAUACCUGGAAAGCCAUGAGUACCGGAUGUACAACACCUAUGACGUGCACUUCUACGCGUCGUGGGCCCUCGUCAUGCUAUGGCCCGAGCUACAGAAGUCCCUCCAGUACGACAUGGCCCAGUGGACGACCUCAGCCGACCUCACACCCCGGACGCAUCUCUUCAGGGGGAACAAGGGCGUGCGCAAGCUGGCCAACGCUGUGCCACAUGAUAUUGGCGAUCCAGAGGAUGAGCCCUUUGUGCGUGUAAACGCUUACCAGAUUCAUGACAUUAGUUACUGGAAAGACCUGAACCUCAAGUUUGUUUUACAGGUGUACAGAGACCACACUUUCUUCCGCGACCUCGAUCACCUCACGCACAUGUGGCCGGUGUGUCGGGCCGUAAUGGACCGAUGCUUCGCCUACGACCGCGAUGGCGACGGCCUGAUUGAGAACGAAGGCCAGGCGGACCAGACUUAUGACUCGUGGGUGAUGCACGGGCCCUCAGCCUACUGCUGCUCGUUGUGGGUGGCUGCACUGGCUGUCAUGGUGGAGAUGGCCUCGGAGCUCAAGGACGAGGCCGAGGAGAAGAAGUUUGCCGAGGCUCUGGCCAAGGCGAGGGUGGCCUUGCAGGAGAAGCUCUGGAAUGGAAAAUAUUACAAGUUUGAUUGCUGUGAUGCUCCCCACAGCCACAGCAUUAUGGCAGAUCAGCUGGUCGGUCACUGGUAUCUCUCUCUCUCUGGAGCCGCAGUUGAGGUAUUCAGACGAGACUGUGUGAAGUCGGUCUUAGAACUCCUUUACGAGUACAACGUCCAGAGGUUCAACAACGGGGAGAUGGGGGCGGUGAACGGCAUGAACCCUGAUGGCAGUAUAGACAGGUACACCAUGCAGAGCGAGGAGAUGUGGGUGGGGGUCACCUAUGGCCUCGCUGCCACUAUGAUCUAUGAGGGAAUGGUGGAGCAAGGAUUCAAGACAGCAGAAGGUGUCUAUCGCACAGUCUAUGAGAAGAUUGGCCAGGGAUUUGAGACCCCCGAGGCCUUGUACGGAGAGCACAAAUACCGCGCCAUUGGCUACAUGCGUCCACUGUCCAUCUGGUCCAUGUACCACGCUUACCUGCAGCAGAAGAGAAGGAAAAUGGCCGAAGCGUGCCAGAAGAGCUACAGCAAUGCCUCCUCUCCCGUGCCCUCCAUGGGGAGUGAAGAGGGAGAGAAUCCGGUGAUGGAUUCUUCUAGCGAUGUGUCGAAAUGAGAGGAGAGGACGGAGAAAUAUCUCAAAAUUACUUUUAGGUGUUUCAGGCAGGGAACAUCAAGCAGAUAGUCUAUAUUUUCCUCUGUGAUAUGGGCCAAAUGGAUCUAACGAGUGCGAUGCGAAGUAACUUUCAAAUUUCGGAAAAUGGCGAGGACCUCAUUGUUGCCUUUGCGGCAAGGGAAUUGAUGGCCGUCAAGUAAACGUAGUCAUUAGUUUAUGCUUGCCAAUUUUUAUGACUUAUUAUGUUGUCAUUGUUUUAUUCACUUCCUAAGCUCCUCCUUUCAUUCUUCAUUUCCUUUGUAUACAUGUUAUGAUAAGCAUCAUCCUCAGAGACUCUGUUCUCUACUCCAAAAUGUGCUUUUUUGUGUGUGUGCAUGUGUGUUUGUGUGUGUGCAUGCAUGCGUGCAUGUAGACAUGUUGUAGACUAUAGUACUCAUUUAGCAAUCAUCUUUAUUUAUUGAAGUUCAAACCAGGAAACUCUAAACCAGUGAUUAUAUGGUAGUUCUGUAUUUCAGUGCAAGCCAUUAGAGAAACUGGAAUUAUUAUAAAAAUGGUUCAUAUCUAGUAGAAAGGUCUAGUAAUUCUCUCGUCUCAAAUACCUUUUUGAAGUGUAUCACUCGUCGAGGUCCCUUGAGGUAAGAGAAUCGGUAUAUAUCAAUGAUACAUAAGAGGUUUUUUAUAAUAUUUGGACUGAACUGAGAAGUUUACCCUUGCAUGUGUUCUUUGGUGUAGGCAAUCACAUUUUUACCUUAUAGUGGUGAUGAUAACAGACUGGAGCUUUGUAAAAGUGCUUCCGAAUACAGUCCCUUCUGAGUGACAGGAAUGUCAUGCAAUUAUGCCUUUUUUUAUAUAUAUAUAUAUAUAUAAUAUAAUAUAGUGCUGUCUUGGUUAGAGGUAUAUGGAGAGUGUUCACAAGAUGUUCUCAAUUUAGUGUUCAUAGGGCUAGAAGUUACAUCACUGCUUUUCAUAAGGGUAAAAGCACAUGCAGUAAGCAUGUCAUUGCAACACUGACUAUAAUUUACGGCAAUCAUACAAAACUCAUAGGUGCUAUACGUUCAACAGAGAGCAACAUCAAAAUAUAAGGGGUCCACCAAUAACAAUAUUGUAUAUUCAGCUGACAAGUUAAUAGUAAGUUAUUUAUAGCUUGUGAAAUCAAUGGGACAACCUGUGCCUGGUGAGCAGUAGAUAUGUCUUUUUUUUUUUUUUACUUGUUUAUAGGCUAAUACAAAGGAAUAAUUGACAAUGAAAGACAAUUAUUGAAUAAUUGAAAGUAGAUUAACUUUUGUGUAUAUAUAUAUAUAUAUG